CCUCCCCCUCGGGGGGAGAAUUUAACCGACAGCCUCAGCCAAAAAGGAGGGCAGCUUCGACGCUCCAGACAGAACCAGACCAGAGAGCAUGGGGGACUUCACACCUGUUCCUGCUUUACCGUAGGCUGAUUCUUUAAAAGUGGAGGGGUCACUGCUUAAGGCUAACCUGUGACUUCCGAGGACCAGGAAACACUGGACAAUGUACCUUACUGGUCAUCUCCCACACAGCAGUUGGCCAGGACACACUCUGUAUUUUGUCUGAGGACAUUGCUAUCUCGUCAGAAGGAAACACACCGGUUAUUAUAGAAUCAGAAGAAAUUUUACUGGGAUUGUAGCAACUAUCAAUAAAAUUGGAUCAAGAAUCUUAUCUGGAUUAUAAGGAGUGAAAAACUGAGACCCUGAGCUAUCUGUCUACGCUGAAGUUUAUUCCACCCAAUGGAGAGGUUAAGGAGAGAAUCAGGAGGAUAGAGCAAAAAAAGUCCAAGCAGCUAUUUAUUUCACACAAUUUUCCAAGGCCAGCUCCUCCUGCUAUUCCAGUUGGGUUCAUACUUAUGAGGUCAGAUAUUAUAAUCAGUUAAAUCGGGGAAAAAAAAAAAAAAAAAACUACUUGUGCCACCAGAGUUGGAUUGAAACCAAACAGACAGAGUAGAAAAAGGAGCACGACGGGAUUGGAAAAUGACCCGGAAGUUCAUAUCAGCUGCAGGGAAGCCAGUGGUGGUCCUGGUCCUGGUGGGGCUGUUGGUGUUGGCCACAGCACUGGAGUUCGGAGGAGCCCCUGGACAGUGGGCACGAUAUGGGCGAUGGGAGGCAGGCUCAGGAGGGGAGCUCAGCUUCAGUCUGAAGACCAAUAUUAGCAGGGCCCUGGUGCUGUACCUUGACGACGGCGGCAACUGUGACUUCCUGGAGCUCCUGAUUGCUGACGGACGUCUUCAGCUACGCUUCGCCAUCCACUGCGCCGAGCCCGCUGUGCUUCAUAUGGAGACGCCCGUCAAUGACGAGCGCUGGCACAUGGUCCUGCUCACCCGCAACUACCGUGAAACCAUGCUGGUGGUGGACAGCGAGGCCAAAGUGGCUGAGGUCAAGUCCAAGCGGCGUGAGAUGGCUGUUGUGAGCGACCUCUUUGUGGGAGGGAUCCCUCCGGACGUCCGCCUCUCUGCCCUCACUUCCAGCACUGUCAAGUAUGAGCCGCCCUUCCAAGGCCUCAUUGCCAACCUGAAGCUGGGGGAAACACCACCCACCCUUCUCAACAGCCAGGGCAUUCAGAGCGAUCUGGAGUACCUGUGCGCCAAGCAGAACCCGUGCCUCAACGGGGGGCUCUGCUCCAUCCAGCAUGGAGAGGUGCACUGCGACUGCAGCCUCACCCGCUACAAGGGCAAAUACUGCAAUGAAGCGGAAGAGUAUGCGGUGGAAGGUCUGGCGCACCUGAUGUUAAACAGCCAAGCUCCCGGACCCUCUUCUCAGACCUCCAAAGCCUACACUGAAGUGACACUUUUCGAGAACAACGAGGAGUAA